GCAGCCAGGCCGCCGCCGCCCCGGCCCCGCCGCCAUGUCCAAGGCCAAGAGCUCCGAGUCGGUGCGGGUGGUGGUGCGGUGCCGGCCCAUGAACGGCAAGGAGAGGACGGCCUCCUACGAGCGGGUGGUCAACGUGGACGUCAAGCUGGGGCAGGUGUCGGUGAAGAACCCCCGGGGCGCCUCCCACGAGCCGCCCAAGACCUUCACCUUCGACGCCGUGUACGACUGGAACUCCAAACAGGUGGAGCUCUACGAUGAGACCUUCCGGCCCCUGGUGGACUCGGUGCUGCAGGGCUUCAACGGCACCAUCUUCGCCUACGGGCAGACCGGCACGGGCAAGACCUACACCAUGGAAGGGGUGCGGGGGGACCCCGAGAAGAGGGGCGUCAUCCCCAACUCCUUCGAGCACAUCUUCACCCACAUCUCCCGCUCCCAAAACCAGCAGUACCUGGUCAGGGCCUCCUACCUGGAGAUCUACCAAGAGGAGAUCAGGGACUUGCUGGCCAAGGACCAGUCCAAGAGGCUGGAGCUGAAGGAGCGGCCGGACACGGGGGUCUACGUGAAGGACUUGUCCUCCUUCGUCACCAAGAGCGUCAAGGAGAUCGAGCACGUGAUGAACGUGGGCAACCAGAACCGCUCGGUGGGGGCCACCAACAUGAACGAGCACAGCUCCCGCUCCCACGCCAUCUUCGUCAUCACCAUCGAGUGCAGCCAGCUGGGGCUGGACGGGGAGAACCACAUCCGCGUGGGCAAGCUCAACCUGGUCGACCUGGCGGGCAGCGAGCGGCAGGCCAAGACCGGGGCCCAGGGCGAGAGGCUGAAGGAGGCCACCAAGAUCAACCUCUCCCUCUCGGCGCUGGGCAACGUCAUCUCGGCCCUGGUGGACGGCAAGAGCACCCACAUCCCCUACAGGGACUCCAAGCUCACCAGGCUGCUGCAGGACUCUCUGGGGGGCAACGCCAAGACGGUGAUGGUGGCCAACAUAGGCCCCGCCUCCUACAACGUGGAGGAGACCCUGACCACCCUGCGCUACGCCAACCGUGCCAAGAACAUCAAGAACAAGCCCAGGGUCAACGAGGACCCCAAGGACGCCCUGCUGAGGGAGUUCCAGGAGGAGAUCGCUCGGCUCAAGGCCCAGCUGGAGAAACGCUCCGUGGGGAAGAGGAAGAGGAGGGAGAGGAGGAGGGACGGUGGGGAGGAGGAGGAGGACACCGAAGAGGGGGAGGAGGAGGGAGAUGACAAAGAUGACUACUGGAGGGAGCAGCAGGAGAAGCUGGAGAUCGAGAAGAGAGCCAUAGUGGAGGAUCACAGCUUGGUGGCGGAGGAGAAGAUGCGGCUGCUGAAGGAGAAGGAGAAGAAAAUGGAGGACCUGAGGAGGGAGAAGGAAGCCACAGAAACCUUGAGUGCUAAAAUCAAGGCCAUGGAAAGCAAGCUGCUGGUGGGGGGCAAAAACAUUGUGGACCACACAAAUGAGCAGCAGAAAAUCCUGGAGCAGAAACGGCAGGAAAUUGCAGAACAGAAACGCCGUGAGCGAGAGAUCCAGCAGCAGAUGGAGAGCCGGGACGAGGAGACGCUGGAGCUGAAGGAGACCUACAGCUCUCUUCAGCAAGAGGUGGACAUAAAGACCAAAAAACUCAAAAAGUUGUUUUCCAAGCUGCAAGCUGUGAAGGCAGAGAUCCAUGAUCUCCAAGAGGAGCACAUCAAGGAGCGCCAGGAACUGGAACAGACCCAGAAUGAACUUACCAGGGAAUUAAAGCUGAAGCACCUGAUUAUUGAGAACUUUAUUCCCUUGGAAGAAAAGAAUAAGAUCAUGAACAGAUCAUUCUUUGAUGAAGAGGAAGAUCAGUGGAAACUGCACCCCAUAAGCCGUCUGGAGAACCAGCAGAUGAUGAAGAGACCAGUCUCUGCUGUAGGCUACAAAAGGCCACUGAGCCAGCACGCCAGGACCUCCAUGAUGAUCCGGCCAGAGACUCGGUACAGGGCAGAGAACAUUGUGCUGCUGGAGCUUGACAUGCCCAGCCGAACGACGAGGGACUACGAGGGGCCAGCCAUCGCUCCCAAAGUCCAGGCAGCUCUGGAGGCAGCUCUGCAGGAUGAGGAUGAGAUCCAGGUGGAUGCUUCAACCUUUGAGAGCACUUCCAAUAAAAAAUCAAAGCCCAGGCCUAAAACUGGAAGGAAAUCAGGGGCUUCCUCUGCAGCAGGCACCCACAGCUCUCAGCUCUACCCACAGUCCCGAGGGCUGGUUCCAAAGUAAAGCCAGCAAGGUCCUCUCCAGGGCACGGACAGCCUUUGCCUUCUGAGACCAGAGACAAGAACCAACCUGCAGAGUGAGCUCCCAGCCCCUUCCCCUGGAGAUGGCCUCUGCUCUUUGACUGCCCUGUGCUGGCCAGGGUGCAGCAGGCUCCUGCUCUGCCACUCAGCCUCUGUGGGAAACAGAUUUUAGUUAGGAAAUGAGAAAUGCAUGAGGUACGUUCAAGUGUGUUAGAAGCAAUGGGGAAGCAUGGGGAUCACCUCACACCAUCACCAUCCCUCCUCCUGCACUGGCCCUCUUCCUGCACUGGGCUUUUCUUGCUGUUGGGCAAUAAGAAGAGCUGGAAGUCAUCUCAGCUGAACUCCAUGGUGAGAAGCAAGUGAGGCUAAAGCAAGCAGAGGACCUGUUCAAACUCGCCUGGGUGCUUAGUUUUGCCUCUUUCCCGCUCCAAAGCCUGGCGUCAUCGUUUGGGGUGGAGAGGUGGACCUGGCAGGCAGGCUCAGCAGUCAGUGUGCACUCCCAGCAGACAGCUGUGCCUCCCUCUAGGGCUGUGGGACACACAAAGGGUCUGGAAAGCAACUUUGUGCUCUCUGGAAAGGCAGCAGCAGAAGCUGAAGGCCUUUCUUUGUUUACAAGCAUAAGGAAGAGCUUCUCUAAAGCGACCUCCUACAGACCUCAUCUGCACCAACAGGCAGCACCUUGUCAAAGAACAGACCUGCACACCAGUGCCAGCUCCACCUUUUCUUCUCCUCUCUUGCCUCCAUCUUUACCCCUGGCAUCUGAAACCAGUGGCCCUGUGCAGCCUCUCGGCCGUGGGCUGCUGCAUGGCCGUUUUCUCACCCCUCCCACUGCUUAAAUGUAGCACUGGCUCAGAGCCUUCACCCUGGCAGGCUCCUGGGGCUGGCUCUGCUCUCCCCUGUGUGCUGGGCAGAGGGUAGAGCAGUGCCAGGGGGAGCUGCCUCUGAGUGCACUUGGCUGGUUCCUUCCCUUGCCUUCGAGGGAGGUUCAGCAUUUGGUACCUUUUGUGCCUCGCCCCUUCCACUUCGGGAGCUCUCCCUUGGCACCUCCCAGCCCCUGCAGAGCCUGCUGGGAGGGAAAGCUCAUGGGGCUGAGUCUGGGUGAUGGAAUCUGGUAUACAUUCCAGGGGUUUUACUUGGAAAAACAAGGGAGGAAGAGCUCCUGCUUUUGACAGUCUCACUGCCAGGCUGCCCUAAGGCUCAAGCAGGCUCCUGGAGCGCUGGAGGCUCGUGUGGCAGGGUGUGGGGAGGUGGAACUGCCACACUGAGGACAGUAAGGUGUCCCUGGCUGGUGUCUCACAGCUCAUUUCUUAAGUUUUAGUUCACUGUACAUUGAGACCUGGGAUUUUACUUUUCCUGGUUGCUGUUGGCUGUCCCCCAUGGACUUUUUUAACCCAUUUCCCUCUCUGCUGCCCUGUGUGACUGAGCAAGGGCUUGGCCUGCUGUUAGCAAUGCUCUCAUGUCUGGACUCUGCCUUGUGAGCUCCCUAAAGUGAAGUCACCCAGGCUGCAGGACCCUGUCCUGUGUGACCCCCAGGAGCAGAAGGCACAGAGCAGAAGGCUGGGCACAGCACAGCUCACCCCUGCAUCCUGUGGGCACCGUGCCUUGGUGAGCUGGCUGGGCCUGCUGAAACCCUAACCCAGCUGCUCAGCUGCUUCUCUGGACCACAAGAUUAAUAUAUAUAUAUAUAUAUAGG